AUGAGGCUUGCCCCCAAACCGCCCAAGGAGGUUGGAAAACGGGAUUCGCCACAUCAGCGACAACCCAUCCCAGACCCUCCCUUACACAGCUUCAGAUCCCCCCUUCCCCAUCAGUUCAGCAGCAUGGGUAAGGAAAAGUUGCACAUCAACAUUGUCGUUAUCGGCCAUGUCGACUCCGGCAAGUCGACGACGACUGGUCAUCUCAUCUACAAGCUGGGUGGGAUUGACAAGCGUGUGAUUGAGCGUUUCGAGAAGGAAGCCGCUGAGAUGAACAAGAGGUCCUUCAAGUACGCCUGGGUGCUGGACAAGCUCAAGGCGGAGCGCGAGCGUGGUAUCACCAUCGAUAUCGCUCUGUGGAAGUUCGAGACCAACAAGUACUACUGCACGGUUAUCGACGCUCCCGGCCAUCGCGAUUUCAUCAAGAACAUGAUUACGGGUACCUCGCAGGCUGACUGCGCUGUUCUGAUCAUUGACUCCACCACUGGUGGUUUCGAGGCCGGUAUUUCCAAGGACGGUCAGACCCGUGAGCACGCUCUGCUGGCGUUCACCCUUGGUGUGAAGCAGAUGAUCUGCUGCUGCAACAAGAUGGAUGCCACCACCCCCAAGUACUCCAAGGCUCGUUACGAGGAAAUCGUGAAGGAAGUGUCGUCGUACCUGAAGAAGGUCGGCUACAACCCCGACAAGAUUCCCUUCGUGCCCAUCUCCGGUUUCGAGGGUGAUAACAUGAUUGAGCGCUCCACCAACCUGGACUGGUACAAGGGCCCCACCCUUCUGGAGGCUCUGGACCAGGUGACUGAGCCCAAGAGGCCGUCCGACAAGCCCCUGCGUCUGCCCCUUCAGGACGUGUACAAGAUCGGCGGUAUCGGAACAGUCCCGGUCGGUCGUGUGGAGACUGGUGUGCUAAAGCCCGGUAUGGUUGUGGUGUUCGCUCCCAGCGGGCUGACCACUGAGGUGAAGUCGGUCGAGAUGCACCACGAGUCUCUUCCCGAGGCUGCUCCCGGCGACAACGUUGGCUUUAACGUGAAGAACGUGUCGGUGAAGGAGCUGAAGCGUGGCUAUGUCGCCUCCGACUCCAAGAACGAUCCCGCCAGGGAGGCUGCCAACUUCACCUCGCAAGUCAUCAUCAUGAACCAUCCCGGCCAGAUCGGCAACGGCUACGCGCCUGUGCUGGAUUGCCACACGUCCCACAUUGCCGUGAAGUUCUCUGAGAUCAUCACCAAGGUGGACAGGCGUUCCGGUAAGGAGCUGGAGAAGGAGCCCAAGUUCGUGAAGAACGGUGAUGCUUGCUUCGUGAAGAUGGUUCCCACCAAGCCCAUGUGCGUGGAGACCUUCUCCGAGUAUCCUCCUCUUGGUCGCUUCGCCGUGCGUGACAUGCGGCAAACAGUGGCUGUCGGUGUCAUCAAGAGCGUUGAGAAGAAGGACCCCUCUGGUGCCAAGGUCACCAAGGCUGCUGCCAAGAAGAAGUAA